CUUAUCGAGUCUUGGACUCUGACGCGAAGUUCACUCAUGCAUUUGACUAAAUAGAGUUUUGGCAAUAAGGCUGAUGUCAGUUCGUGACGAAACCCCUAAAUCCAGUUCCUAGCUUUAACAACCAACUUCCUAGUUAAUCGUCCUAGUUAAUAAUUCUCAAGGUCACUUCGGCGUCGCCGAAAGGUCCUUCAUUACAGGGUCACCUCGUCACCGCCUAAACUGAUACCAAGUUCCCCUCUAUUUCCACCAUUCCUGUGUGCGUGGAUGUUCUUUUGCAUUAUAUCAUGCUUCAUAUGAACGACUGAAUAUAACAUUACUUAAAUGAAUACAGAUACUCCAUUGGAGUCGAUAAUCAGACAUUCUAGUAUCCAAUCAACGUCAAAUAGACAUUCACUACUCUGGGAUCCCGUACUAAUUGGAUGUGGGAUUACGACUGUUACUUCAUGCUACAUUUUUUGGUCAUUCAUCUCUCCUGCAUUUCGGAGAAUUUGUUUACCAUUCUUACCUGCUACGUCGACUCAGCUAGAUAAUACGUACAAGCUUCUGGAGUAUGCGCAAAGUCAAAAAAGUGAUAAGUCAUUAGGAUCCAUAAUUGAUCUAGGCAGCGGUGAUGGACGUGUGUUAAUUGAUUUAAUAAGUCGACCAACAUUGAAAAUCACUUCUGCUCAUGGUGUAGAUUUAAAUCGUCCGCUUGUUUGGUAUUCACGUAUCAACUCCUUUUGUAGUAAUAAAGUACUCACUACACCCAAAGUAACUUUCGCUUGUAAAAAUAUGUGGAAAACUAAUCUUUCUGUAUAUGAUACAGUUUUACUGUUUGGUGUAGAUUCAAUGAUGGAAUCUAUCGAACAGAAACUUAACAAAGAAUUAAAAAAUGGUUCAAUCGUCAUUACAGCCAGAUAUCCACUGCCUAAUAUCCAAGUAUCCAAAUCCAUUAUUGAUGGACCCCACUCAGUAUAUUUGUACAAAAUGUAGUUAUUUCUAAUAUGACUUUGUAAUUACUUUCCGUAUAUUUAUUCAACCAUUCCUUUGUUUAACAAACCAAAAAAUGUCUUAAACUUAUUUUAUCACAUUAAUUAGCUAAUUAUUUUAAAAUAAUACCUACCUAAAAGUUUAGUGCUCCAAUAUGCAGAGCGUGAUAUCCUUCUACUAUUGGUUGAUACCCGUUUCCUUUUCUUAAAGGUUUGGCCAUUGAUAGUAAACGAGGUAAUGAUCGAUAGUCUUCUGGACUUUUAACAAGACUGGUGGUCCAUAUCUAUUGUACUCAGUUUGGUUAUUCCGUGUCAUGAAUUCUAAUUUUCAAAACUAUGCCGUCACUCUGUUUGAUCAACUAUCCUUAAAUGUAUUUAUUCGUAUGUUUUCAUCAUAUCAUCGUAGAGUUUCAUGAUAGUAUGACACUGCCUAGUUAGCAGUGGGUAAAAUACUUAAAUAUCCGCAUAUAAAUUUAGGUUUUUCACGAAUUUGACAUGGAAAUUGAACUGGUCAACAUGUUUAUUAAGUGGCUUUCAAAUCGUAAUAUUGAGAAAAUCUUUAACGAAUGAGUAUGUAUUGUGUUGUUUCUGAACCGAGUUGAGAUUACUAGGAGUAAUACAUAGAUUUUAACCAUACUCUUGAG